UUCAUGAUAGGUAAUGCAAUAACUAUUUGUUAACAAAUGCAACCUUAAUGUAAGGUGUUACAGUUACAUCUGUAUCUAAAUAAUACAAUUGAUGACCCCUUCAAAGGGUACUUUCUCAGUGCAGCUUUUGUACCUUUUUUCUAUAAAAUAGAGACAGACACUUAUCCAAAACAGCUUUACAAUGCAUGCAUUAAGUCUUCUUAUAUCUGUAUGUGUUCUCUAUGAUUAAAUCCAUGACCUUUGCAUUGCUUAUGCAAUGUUCCACCAUCUGAGCUACAGAAACACAUGAACCACAUCAAUUAGUUUUAUGAUGGUACACUAGCAUAUUGUUAUUUAAUCCAAAUGUAUUAAAUACGAUCAAGAAGUCUUCUACUGUUACAUAAGCCCAUAGGCUUAGUCGCUCUUUCAAGACUAUGUAACUCCUGCCAUGAUAUAUUCCAGAAAAUCUCUCAACAUCAAAUUAAAAGACGGUUUAGCUAUAAUCACAGCUUUAUCCUCUGUAAUCCACAGCUGUGCUCAGUUGAGUUUAAAUAGCAGCCAGUGCAAUUACUAGACAGUUGGUUAAGAGCUUUCAAGGAGCGCUCGUCUCAAAGGUUUCUUCACAAAAUGGGCAAUGCAAAAAGUGGAGCCCUUUCCAAAGACAUUCUGGAAGAGCUAAAGAUGAACACCAAGUACACAGAGGAACAGCUUUAUGCUUGGUACCAGAAGUUCUUGAAGGAGUGCCCUACUGGUCGUAUCAGUCAAGAGCAGUUUGAACGUAUAUACGCCAGUUUCUUCCCGGAUGCAGACCCGAAGGCUUACGCUCAGCACGUUUUUAGGAGCUUUGAUGCCAACAGUGAUGGGACACUAGACUUUAAAGAGUACAUUGUUGCUCUGCAUCUGACAUCUUCAGGGAAGACCGUUGAGAAACUGGAGUGGGCAUUUGCUUUGUAUGAUGUAGACAGGAAUGGCACUAUUACAAAAAAUGAGAUUCAUGAAAUUGUGAAGUCAAUAUUCAACAUGAUCUCUAAAGAAGACAAGAAAAACCUUCCAGACGAUGAGAACACCCCAGAAAAACGAACAGAUAAAAUUUGGGCCUUUUUUGGGAAAAAAGAAAAUGGUAAAAUAACAGAGGGAGAGUUCAUUCAAGGAGUCAUGGAGAAUAAGAACAUCCUCAGACUGAUUCAGUUUGAUGAACCUUCAAAGGUCCAAGAAAGGCUCAAAGAGAAGAAGCAAAACGAUUUUUAA